AUGAAUAACAAUUAUAAGUUAAGAUUAUUCGUUCUAUUUAGUUAUUUGUCGGUAUUUUUUCUGUUAGGUGUGCCUCUUUGGUAUAAAUUGACAACGAUUCAUAGGGCGGAUCUUCCAAUUACUUACAUAAAAGAAUUAGUUGACAAUAAGUUGAAUGAUGUGCAUUUGAAGUUACCUAUAUAUGUCGAUUCUCAGAUUAAUGAUAUUAAAGAGUCAGCCAUUUUACUUAAGGACAUACAAUCGGAGAUUAAUGAUAUAUUGGGUAAAAAUAACGCUGGUUUAGAUAUAUCAGUGAACGUAUUGGAUUAUGUAAAAGAAAAUCUAGAUUCAAAGAAUGAAAACGCUAAUCAAAUAUUAAAGAUAGUCAAAGGUGAUAAUAAUUUAAAAAUGGUAGAAAAUAGAGACUUUUUCUCAUCAACUGCCACUACAGUUGAAGUUAACGAUCUUUCAACUGACUACCAGAAAUCCAUUCGUGAACUUUCAAAUAUCAUUCUCAAUAAUAUAUUAGGCGUUAACGCUAAAAAUAUUAAUACUGUGAUUGCUUCGACAAAAGAUAUUAAUGAUGGUGAAAAGACUGGGGUGUCCAUACCAUAUAUACAGGAUAUUCAUCUGAGUGCCAUCUUGUUGUCAGGGGACGGUGAUGCACUUGGUUGGGAUAUAGAGUCAAGUAUGUCCAAAUAUAUUACACCUCUACGAGAAAUGUUAUCCUCAGUAUACCAUUUUACUGUAGAUUCAGAUAUUGUUUAUUACAAUGACUUGAAUUUACAUUCACAACAUGCGGUGAAUGAAUCUACUCUGGCACAUAUUUUAGAUAUUUCAGAAAUAUCUACCAGUGAUGAGUAUUCAGAGCAGAUUGGAUUGACCCUUGCUAUCGUGUUUCCUAGUCGUGAAGUUGGCAAUAAUGGAUUGGAGUUUAUCAAACCAAAAUCAAUUGAAAAAUUAGACGGCUCUGAAAAGGUUUCAAACGAUAUUAAUUGGGAAAAAUAUUUGAUUCCAAGAUGGGGUAGCUUAAUUAUCAACAAGUAUCCUUUAAAGGCAAACUCAUAUUUAGACGAAGAAUUUCUACAUCCAAUCAUGCAUAAAUUUUCAAUUGAUCUAUUAGAAAUUCUGGGAAUAGGUUCUGAUAUGAUGUCACCAUAUAAUUCAUUACACAUGUUUAAACGUUCCGUGGUGUUAAGAAAUCUACUAAAAUCAGUGGACACUUUGCAAUCGCUAGUUAGACUAACGGAAUCAUUCAAACAAAUGGCAGUUCCAGAACAAGUCUUGGCAGAUGUCAACACUGCUAUUGGAAUCAGGUACGAAAUAAUUAAUAAAAUAAAUCAUUUCGGAACAUCAAAUGGAAUCAAUAACAACAUUGUUUGGGAUGAAUUGGUUCUUCUAAGUAAUAAGUUAGUCACUGUUUGUGAAAAUGCAUUUUUUGAUAAUGAAAUGGUUCAACAAAAUUUCUUCCCAGACGAACAUAAAACUGCAGUUUACUUCCCAUUUUUAGGUCCCAUUGCAAUGGUUUUAUUUUUGGGCAUAGUAAAUAUGAUAAAGGAUAGAAGUCACAUCGUUGACAGUAUUAAAUAG